AUGCUGAUUGAGCUAUUCGUUGACUUUAGUAUAGCGAAACCGAAAGACCUUGCGCGACAACAUCCAUUCUUUUGGGCAGAGAAGCGAAAAGUAAGACUCUCUUCGAAACGCAAACUCUACCUACACCGAUCCCUACUCGCGUUUAUCCUCGAAAUCUCCAACCACCUCAAGACACCGUCUCCAAGGCACAAGCUCUGGGUUGUGCGAGAUAUCGAGACGAGAAAGUAUGCUGAUAUACGUAUAAUAGUGUCGACUAGCAUCCAGAAUGUCUCGAAGUUGAUCAUGAACAACGGUACCGGCGGCCGCGGCGGGAGCGGUGGAGGAGGUCGUGGCCCUCCUCGCUCCCAAAAAUGCCAUAAGUGUGGUUACUCGGCAUGCCGGCGUGCGGCAGAGCUUGAUAUUAACAGACUACUUUUAGAAGAAGAAGAAGCUCGACCUCCGUUGCUUAGAGUGUGGUGGCGAUGGCCACUAUCGAUCGAAGUGUCCCUCGAAGGGCAAGCCGCCAAGAUCCGCAACGACGAGCACAAGGCUGCCAAGCAGCAGAAGAGUCCUCCAGGCGACGUCGACAUGCCCGACGCGGGCAGCAAGAACGCCGGCGCGCCUCCCCCCUCCGGCCCUCCACCAGCUGCUCCGUCGGCGGAGCAGUUUGCUGCUCUUAUGGCGCAGGUGCUGCAGCAGCAGCAAGAGAUUGCUGCUCUGAGGCAGCAAUUGCCGCAGCAGCAGCAGCCGCCGCCAAAUGGCGAGGACGGUUAG